AUGGUUGACGGGAAAACAACCAUCAAUGCUGCCAAAUUUUUCGACAUCCUCGUUGGAAGCGUAAUCAACCGCAUGAUUUUUUCGGAACGUUUCACAGAGAAAAAUGCUGAAGAGUUCUUCCGGCUUAAACAUGAGCUCGAUGAUACCCUUAUGAAUAUAACAGCAUUUGACACAGCCUUGGCAAAAUGGACGCGCAAUGUGCCAUUUCUAGCGAAACGUUGGGAAAGGAUGAUAUCUCCUCAGGAGAAACUUGUUGAAUUCAUUAGUAAACGAGUAAAACAAAGAAAAGAAGAUAUAAAUUCUGGAAAACACAUUCUUGAUGCUGGUCAUGAUUUUGUUGACGCGUACCUUAUAAAAAUGGAAGCUGAUCGUAGGGAAGGGGUGGACCCAACUCGGAUGUACAAGUGGGUUUAA